AAAAGACGGGUACAAGAUAAUAUCCUGCUCUUGAUAAGAUAAUGCUCGACUGUCGCAAGGGAAAGAUAACCAAGAUAUAAGAUCAACGGAAUGGAGGGACAGCAAUAGUGUGUUAGCUUGCUGUGUUGGGUUCACUGCUUUGUAUUAUUCCUCGUCGGGAUGUUAAAGAAAUUGUUACUGCUUUUCGUGAUCUCUCCUUCCUUGGCGUACAAUGUUGAGGUGGACUGGACUUACGUGGUGAGCAAUCCGGAGAAAUGGCUGCAGGAGAGGGAGGCUUAUUUUGGUUACACUGUUGCCCUCUUCACCACCAACUCCUCCUCGUGGGCUCUAGUCGGCGCCCCACGAGCUAACGAUACCAAGCUGCCGAACUUGAAUGUGAAGGAGCGUGGCGCAGUGUACCUGUGUGAGUUACCUGCCACUCAAUUCUCGUGCCGCCAGCUGGUUGUGACAGACGCAGCUGACGGGUCGGUGGGAGGCAACGGGAACUCUCAGUACGAGACACUGCAGGACUAUGGGUGGCUCGGCGGCUCACUCGACCUGCGCCCCGAUGACCCAGACUCGGUGAUAGUGACAUGCAGCCCAAGGUGGAUAAAUCAGAGGUAUUCCUUUAAUAAUGAUUAUUUCAUGAACGGGGCGUGCUACAUCACCUUCAUCGGCGACGUCACGGCCAGCGGCGCAGCAUCGAAAGCUUGGAGCAUCCUCACUCCCUUGGUGGAUGCCACCAGGCAGGUGAUGGAAGAUGAUAACGGAAAUUACGUGUUUUACUACCAGCUGGGCCAGGCAGGCCUGUCUGUGCAUGUCGCAGAGGGCAAGGAGCAGGUGUGGUUGGGAGCCCCAGGGAUGAAGCAGUGGACAGGGGGCGUGUCGAGAAUAUGGUUAACUUCAUCUGGCCCCUUCACGUACGGGCACAGCGAGACCUUCAAGCCGGCGGUCAAGGCAGAGUGGAGCGAUUACUUCGGUUACAGUAUUGGGUCUGGGCGUUUCUUCGGAUCAGAGACACAGAGAGUGGCUGGAUCUCCUCGACAUGAGUUAGUAGGCAAGGUUUCGGUGUUCACCACAGAUAGCGUCACGUUGGAUAUCAAAGUUCAUUGGGAGGCAACGGGACCUCAAGUUGGAUCUUAUUUCGGAGCAGCCGUUGCCACAGGAGACGUGGAUGGCGAUGGGUGGAGCGAACUCUUUGUUGGGGCGCCGCUUUACACAGUUGGGUCGGCAGUGGAGACAGGCCUGGUUAUCAUCUAUUCCGGUGAUUCAAGUCAGGGCAUCCUGGAAAAAACCGGCCUCUUGGCUGGCUCAAGGAAGGCAGGCGCGAGGUUCGGGUCAGCCCUAAUGGUUGUGGGAGACUUGGAUAGGGAUGGAUACCAGGAUCUGGCAGUGGGUGCGCCCUACGAGGCUGGCGGAAUCGGAGCAGUUUACAUUUACCGAGGUCAUGCUGGAGGCGUGAUGACGUCGUACUCCCAGAAGAUUUUGGCGCAAGAUAUCAACGUUAACUUAAGAGGAUUCGGAAUUUCAGUGUCAAGAGGUGCUGAUGUUGACAGGAAUGGAUAUGUAGAUUUUGCAGUUGGGGCGCACGAGAAAGCCGGGGCAGCCGUGGUACUUCGGACAAGACCAGUGACAAGGCUUCAGCUUAGUGUCUCAUCGGAGUCAAAAAUAUUGACGGAACCAGGAGAAACCUUUUCCGUUCAUAUUUGCAUUUCUUACACUGGGUUCAACGUUCUAGAUGAAAUAAGAGUGAUCCUUGAUGGGGUAGUGGACAAUGGCGCAGCGCCCCCUCGCGCUGUGUUUGUGGAUUCAGGCAAAUCACAGGCCACCAUCAACACCAUACUCAAGAAAGGGCACGAUAAUUGCCUGGUUUCAUUCAUAAAAUUGCAGGAUAAGAUUGAAAGUGACGCGCAGUCUUUGGAAGUGUUUUUCACAGUUAAGGAGAACGUCCAAAAUACAGAUUGUAAGGCGUGCGGCAUCAUCUCUCCUGAGUCAAAGUUAAGGUCCAAAGUGGAUGUGCCGCUUGUGCUGGGGUGUGGCGCCGACGCGGUGUGCACGCCUGAACUGGACUUGGCGGUUGCUUGGAAGGGCUCAAAGCAGUUGGUACUGAGGAGCGGGGGCACAGCCACACUGUCUGUCGUCGUGAGUGUGACCGGGAAGGAUUACUCUUAUGUUGGGACAGUUUCGUUUAUGCUGCCACAUGGCCUCACUGCACACUACCCGCUGCCAUAUUCCUGCUCAGCGAAGGGUGGGGUGGUGUCCUGCACACUGCCCAGUCCUAUGGCUGCAGGGGAGAAGACAGAGCUUGAGGUGUCUGUGGAGGAGAGUGAAGGCCUCGUGGAAGGGGAGGUGCCAUUCAGGGUUUUGUGUUCUGCCCGUGGAGCACAGGACGUGGAGAAACAGGUCACGCUUUCAGUAAUAGAAGACGUACAGCUAGCACUGAGUGUGCACGCCGAAGAUCCUUUGAUCGAGUACGGUGCAUUUCCUACAGCCACGAAGAUCACAUACCAGGUUAUCAACAAAGGAGAGAGCCGUGUUAAUGUGAUUACAAUGGAUAUGGUCAUGCCUAUGGAAUACAAUGGCGCACCUUUCAUUCAUAUUACCCAACAGGCAACACCGUCUGGACACACUGGGUUUUUAACACCCGUCACAGUGGGAGGUAGAUGGGCGGACACGACGCAGGUCCUCUCCAGCAAGAGACAUCAAGCAGUUGGACGAGUCAGUGCGACCUGGUGGACUCCCAGGAAAGUCUUGAGCCAGGAAGCAACAUUGGCGAUCCUCCGUGGUACUGACAGGAGAAAUAGAAAACUGGGUGCCGAUGAUGCAACUAUUGCUAUAUACACCAGCGUAGCAGCUUCUUAUGGCAGUCCUACUCCUACUGUAUAUAUAGAAAGCGGGGAAUGGGUUACCUUAACACCGACGGGCUGGCGGCCUCCCGCAAAGGAGACCCCGGUCUGGCCCUACGUAGUGGCAGCGUUGGUGGGCCUCCUCAUCUUGGCGGCGGUGGUGGCGGUGCUGGUCAAGAUUGGAUUCUUUAAACGCAAGAGGCCUGGAGAAACACCCGAGCAUGAUGUGACAGAGGACUUGGAGGGGCAGACGGAGAGAGACGAGGCCACUCCCUUCCCGAUCACGGAUCCGGAACCUGAGGGCGAGGCGGCGAGAACCACCACAGCGGAGGUGGAGGCGAGCGAGGACUCAGACGGCGAUUGAGGAUCGUUUUGAUUAAAAUGUUACGUUUUGUGUUUCAUUCAAGUUCUCAGUUUAGAUUGUAUUUAUUGUGUAAACAGUGGACAGUCAAUAAACUUUUUAUAAGAAA